UCGGAUCGGCCCAGAUGGGGGGAGGGGGACUUUAGCAAUGUUGCAGUAGACCUGGUCCAAGAUAUUAUUACCUCUGGUGGGCAUUCGGCGUCCCAGCUGGCGGACCCCGAGGCGGGCCAGGACACGGAGCUGGCCAGCUCCAUGGGCCUGUUCCUCCAGAAGACCAACAUCAUCCGGGACUACCUGGAGGACACGCAGCAGGGCCGCGCCUUCUGGCCCCAGGAGGCGUGGGUCCAGUUCUCCGACCGUCUGGAGGACCUGGCCCAGCCGGAGAAGCUGGAGUCGGCGCUGUCCUGCCUCAACCUGCUGGUGACGGACGCUCUGAGGCACGUUCCCGACGUGUUCACCUACCUGGCCCGACUGCGCAACCAUGGCGGCAGCUGAACGCCGCCGCCAUGCUGCUGGCGGCGUUCAGCUGGCAGAACCUCAGCACGACCGUGGCCCAGGCGCAAGACAGCAGGGACAUGCAGGGACACUAGCCUCCACCGACCCCCUCCAGUGCUACACACCAAGUCCCCUCCUCUGGUCCUCCAGGAACCAGGGUCCCCGCUCGUCUGGUUUCACGUUCUCUUCUGGGUUCCUCUCGCUCUUCCUUAGUCCUUGGUGGUCCUCGAGGUGGAGUGGAGUACUCUUGGUGGUUCUUUGAACCAAAAACGAUGAGGAAGAGGGGGAGACUGCUCUCUGCAGGCUGCUGUGGAUAGCUUGAUGGAUCCGCGGUUCGAGUUUUUGUUGAUUUAUCGUUUGUUUUGUGUUUGGAAUAUAUGCAUUAUGGUGCGUCUUUUGUGGUUUAAUGUUUUUUGUGUCAUCUUAAUUGUGUAAAAGAAAAUCUAUAAACAGGGUAAUGGUUAUUUCACAUGUA